UUGGUCAUUGCUGUAUUUGGCUGGAAUUAAGAUGGUCUUUCAAAGCAUUCUUGGAUGACGUCAAUUGGAAGCAGGAAGUGUGCUACACUGUUACAUUGCACAAUUGAAGAUGGAUCCAUGAUUCUGUAGCUUAAACAAAGUUGAAAUUCAAGUUUGUUAUCUAGAUACAGUCUUCAAAGGAUAAGUGAGCCUUCUUGGCCACUUUCAACAACGGUAUAAUAGUCAUCUGAUCAGCACCGUCAUAUCAUCUUCCAGAAUAAGUAGCCUUCUACAUGUGACAUAAUGCGAGGAUUAUUCUCCACUUCUUUGGUGCUAGUGAUUCUGGUAUGGAGUGCAGAGGCACUGAGUAGCAGCCAAAUCCAAACAUGCUGUGAGUUUGGUAAUAAUUGGUUCAAAAACAAUGGAAGGGAAUGCCCAGUUUUUUCAUCAGAUGUAACAAACAUUGGACAGGAUGACCAGGACAGCUGCAGGUCUGUGGUACGAAUCUGUUGUAUGCGUAACCUGAUGAACCAGAGAUGUAAAUCAGGCAUCCGAAAUAUAAAGGAGAGUUUCCAGUGUCCCGCGAGGCUGAGGUUACGGGAUGGGGGAUUCAUCAUCAGCGAAUGCUGCCACUGUUGUAAGGUUGGCCUUGCCGUCAAAGCCCAGGGUCAGUCCUGCAGCAACGUCAUGACAGGAAUGAGCAAUCGAUGUCAGGCCUCAUUUCUCUCGUGCUGCACUGGAACUCAAUAUGGCGUCAUUCCUACCCCCUCGACUCCAAGUAUCACAACUCCUGGGGCACAAAGUGAGAAUGACAUUGAUGAGUGCGCCCUCUACCCCGGCAUACUACUGUGUGCACACGAGUGUAUCAACACCAUUGGGAGCUUCUACUGCAAAUGUCGAGAUGGAUUCAGGCUCAAUGACGAUGGAAUGACAUGUAGGCAGCUCACGAGCGCUGAUGGUGACAAGUGUCUUGGGCCAAAUAACCCGUGUGAGCAGAACUGUUUGGAUACUGGGAUAUCAUUCAAGUGCAGCUGUGAGGAUGGUUAUCAGCUACAGGCAGAUGAAGUUUCAUGCAGAGACAUAGACGAGUGUCUCCUCGGCACCCACGACUGCCAGCCCAACCAGAGGUGCUCCAACACUCUAGGGCAUUACAUCUGUGAAAACAGGUUCGACCCCAGCUGCCCCAACGGUUACCAGUACAACACGGAGACAAAGCGUUGUGAUCAGAUCACUGUCCCCGUGCAAUGUCCAAGUGGUUACGAGUUUAAUCGUGUCCUUGGCAGGUGUGUUGGGAACCAGAAUUUGAAUUGUCCAGUUGGGACGUCUUAUGACACAGCUAGCGGACGGUGUAAAGAUAUUGAUGAAUGUGCUGCUGGCCAGGAUGACUGUAACAAGAACCAUCAGACAUGUCGGAACACGCUCGGCAGUUACGUGUGUCAGUGUGAGAUUGGAUACCAGUACGACUCAUUCGCUUCGGAGUGUGAAGAUAUGAACGAAUGCCAGCAAAAUCUUGAUAACUGUCUGUCGUCACAGCGCUGUGAGAAUACCGUCGGGUCAUACACCUGUACCAGGGUGCUCAGCUGUGGCACUGGCUACACAAUUAACCAGGACACUCAGCAGUGCGAAGAUGAUGAUGAAUGUACCAUAGGAACAGCAAACUGUGGCAAGGCGUUCACUUGUAAGAAUACCGUCGGGUCAUUCCGCUGUGAACGUAAGGAGUGCCCGAUCGGAACAAGACUUGACUACUCAACGGGAAUUUGUGAGAGGAUCCAAUGUAGAACUGGAUUUAGAGCUGAUCGAUUUGGCCAGUGUGUUGAUAUCAAUGAGUGCAAUGAGACUCCUAACCCUUGCACCCGACUGCAGAUGUGCUUCAAUAACAUAGGGUCGUACCGCUGUCAGAAUAUUCUCAAGUGCGGCAACGGGUAUGAGAGGAAUGGAGCUGGGAACAGGUGUAUUGACAUUGACGAAUGUGCCCGGGGUGAGGAUGAUUGUAUAGGAGAGCAGGUAUGCCAGAACAGACCAGGAACAUUUAUUUGCCAGUGUCAGCCAGGAUUUGAGAAAGACCCCAUUACGAAACAGUGCAAAGAUGUGAAUGAGUGUGAGAAGUUCCCAGACCAGAUGUGCGCAUUGACAGCUGAGUGCGAGAAUACGAUUGGGAGUUUCCAGUGUCGGUGUAAGGCUGGUUUCACGUCUGCUGGCGAUGGAAGGAAUUGCAUUGAUGUAAACGAGUGUGAGACCCAGGGAACUUGCCAGCACACCUGUAUCAACUCCUGGGGCUCCUUCCAGUGUCGAUGCAGAGAGGGCUAUGAACUUGGCCCAGAUAACAGAAGCUGUCAAGAUAUUGAUGAGUGUAAGGUAUGGGGCAGCCGUGGUAGGCUGUGUGCUGGUAUUUGUCGGAAUACACCUGGAUCCUAUGCCUGUGAAUGUCCAAGUGGUUAUCGACUCAAAUCUGAUCUAAAGACGUGUGAAGACAUCAACGAGUGCACGGAAGGUUUGUCCAACUGCAACGGCCGGGACCAAAUCUGUUUCAACACGCGUGGCGAUUUUAAAUGUCUCUCGGUGGCCUGUCCUGCAGGAUUCGUCCAAACGCUGAGCGCUGGCGCUGUUGAAAACCCAAAUCUGCCUGUAGUGAACAACAGAUUCCAAUCGUCUGUUCUGGACUCUGUCCUGGCAAGAUGGAGGGAAACCAAAAAUCAAGGGGGAAGAGGGCAAAUUGGAGACGAAGGAUUUGUGUGUCGUAAGAGGCAGUGCCAGUACAACGAUGUCGACUGUCUCUUGAAUAAAACCAACACAAUCUCCUGGCAAUAUGUGGCACUACCGCAGAUAUCAUACCUCCCGCAACCUAUGACGCUGAUAAAUGUCCGGACAAUUGGCUAUUCCAUCUUUCCAAACCUUCGAUUCUAUAUUACGGACGGGAACGAACAAGGCUUAUUUGAUGUUGUAAAGUUUGGAGACCGAGGUGAGGUCCGUUUGCUUCGCCCAAUCACAGGACCUAGGAUCUACCGUUUACGUCUCCAAAUGGACAAUCGCAAUAACGCAAAUUAUAUCAUUUCAUCCCAUGUCGCUUUCAUAGAAGUUCAUGUCUCUGAAUGGACAUUCUAGCACACAAUACCUCCUCCAGGGAACGAGACUAUUUGAAGUGUCAUUUUUUUCCGGCCAUGCUAAUAUUCCACAAAUUUACCUUUAUGUGGACUGUGAAAGUGUAUUUCCUGUUCUUUCAAUAACUAAAGGAGGCGCUAUUGGCAGACGUCCCAAAAUGUAUCAUUUUCUGAGUAACAGUGGCUCUGCAUUAUCUCGAGGCACAUCACGUUUAAUAUGUAAGAAAUUCAAAAACAAAAUAAACCAGUGAAUUUAAAUUGAUUGGAUUUGCACAUUGAAAUGUUGGAAUAAAAAGCUUUACAAUCGUUUUGCGGCAGUUGAAACUUGGAAAGGAUUUAUUACGGUAUGUAUAUCUGCACUGCUCUAGAUUAGAUUUUUUUAUUCUGGCAUUCCCUUUCAAAGGGAUCAGGCUAUUGUUUGCAUUUUUUAGGGACUUUGGAGCUAAAUUCAUCAUUGGUCAUAUUCCAUCCAUGAUUUUUAACCACCUAUUCAGCUCACGAUUUAUAUCUUUUGUAUGUUAUAUGAAUUUGACAAUAAAUUGUGAUUCUGCUUUUUAAAAGACUUUCAGAC